CAAGGUCAAUGAUUUGUUUGUUGUUAGUAAAAGUAAUGGGAUGUGCAAAUGUUGGCUAUCUAUAGAAAACGGGUUUAGUUUGCUAGCUAACUAGUACAUUAUUAUCUAGCUUGCAUACAGAUAUCAACCUUUUUAGCUACGUUGUAAGCGUUUAGUAUAUAUUCUAGGCAUGGACACUCUAUCUAACGUUAGCUUCAAACUCAUUAGCUAGCUAACAGUAGCUUGUUUCAGUGGCUUUUUUUAUUUUCUUCGCCAACUAGCUAUGGAUAACAUUAUUGAUCCAGCAUCGGAACAAGAUCUCCCUCUGUUCUCCUUGCGUCUCCUGGUUCCACCUCUACGCCUGAUGUCCGCUUUCAUGUGGCAAGUGGCUCAACAGCGUAAUGUGAUGCAGUAUGGGAAGCUGGAGGAGUUUGUGACUUUGGUGACAGAGAUGGUUCCAGAGCUGCUGAGCUCCAGGCAGAGGACCCAACUCAUCCUGGGACUGAGAGCAAGGCUGGUUUUAGAGUUGUGUCGCAGUGAGGGUACAGCUGACUUCCUGACCAUCCAGGCCCACCUGGACAUAAUCCACACUUUGACAGAAAAAUCCUUACACAAAGAGAGUCAUGGUGAUGAAUUGGAGGCUUCAGAUUCUAACUUUGUGGAGCUGGUUCAAACCCUGCUGGAAGACCCUUCUGAGAGGGAACAUUUCUUCCAGGAGGUGUUCCCAGUCCACUAUGGCCCUCGGUAUGACACAGCGCUGCAGACACUGGUGUGGGAGUUUCUCUCCAGACUGGAGGAACUGCUGCCUGUACCAGACCUCACACAGAUAACAGCAUGGCUCGGUGCUGCCCCCUCUGUCCUGGAGGAAUGUAGACAGACUGUCUUUGACCCUGAACAACUGAAGACAGUGAUGCAGCACCAUCAGCGUCAUGGAAACCUGAACAAUAGUCAUGUCUCUAAAUACACUGCAGAUACCAUCCUGUCCACACUAUCCCUCCCUCCAAAAAUGAGAGUUGUUAUUAACAAUGAGCCAGACAACUCUGACAAUGUGAAGACAUGCUCAGAUGAAGAUGAAUGCAUAGAUAAUGGGGUAGAGGUCUGGGAAUAUGAGGACAACAAUGAAAUCCUGGAUGAUGACACUGAUAGAUGUUUGGAGGAUCUAGGACUGUCAACAUCAGAGCAACAGGAGGGUCUAUCACCUGGAGAGACCUCAGCGUUGGUUACUCCAGGACCCUGUGAUGAAUUGAAAUUGGAUAAUUCUCUCAACGUAGUGGUGAAUGCUGACGAACCAUCCCAGGUUCUUACCUGCACCCUGCCUCCAUUCUCUCACAGUGAAAUGGCCAACCUCUGCAAGGACAUCAAGAUAAACCAAGUAGAAAAGGACAGCAAACAGGUUGACAAGAAAAAGAAGGUGGUCAGAAAGGGGGACAAAAAGAGGGUCAUCAAAAAAAGGGUGAUCAAAAGGAGAGUGAUCAAAAAGAGGGUGAUCAAACAGGUUGACAAGAAAAAAGAAGGAUCCCCUGCACCCCAAAACAGGACUCAUACAUGUGAGUGUGGGAAGGUUUUCAAAAAACCAUCACUGCUGACGCUACAUAUGGGAGUUCACACGAUGCCAUAUCAUUGUGACCAGUGUCCCAAACGAUAUGCUACUCCUGGGGCUCUGAAAAAACACCAGCUACUUCACACAGAAGAAAGGCCAUUCGCAUGUGAACACUGUGACCGGAGGUACAGGAGUGCUUAUGAUCUCAAAGUGCACAUACGCAGUCACUCUGGGGAGCGCCGUCACAUGUGUAUUAUCUGUGGUAAGAGGUUUACCCAGCAGUGUACGCUAGUGAGACACAUGCGAAUGCAUGCUGGGGAGAAGAAUUAUUUAUGUAGCAUAUGUGGUAAGGCAUUCCUUAGCUCAGGAGAACUGCGGCUGCAUACACGAACGCACACGGGAGAAAACCCCCACACCUGUAAACAUUGUGGAAAGGGUUUCAAAGCAUCUUGCCAACUUACGGUUCAUCUGCGCUCUCACACAGGCGAGCGUCCUUACACCUGCACCCAAUGCCCAAAAUCUUUCACUACCUCAGACUCCCUGAGAACGCACAUGUAUACUCACACUGGCGAGAAACCUCACCAGUGCUCAGAGUGUGGGAAAACAUUUACUCAAAGGGGUAAUAUGGUAAAUCAUAUGAGAAGAGUUCAUAGACUGGUUAAGAUUCUCCAAAAGCACUCCAACAGAAAGACAGACAAAGUCUCGUAAAAAUGUUUGAGAUCGAAAUAAUCUUUUUAGGAGUUCAUUCGAAUCUAAAUACUAGAAGUUUGAGACAAGAAAUUGCAUGCAUAAUCCUGUUUUAAAUAUAUGAUUUUACAGGUCCUCUUUUGUAUAUCAGAUUAUCAUACCAAAACAUGUUUUUCAAUAAACUUCUUCAGGUU